AUGGAGUGCUUGCGGUGCAUGCGUGAGUUGAAUUUCUACAUCAAUGGCCCGACCUUCGAGCGGCGCGAGACGGCGAAGGCAGCUCGCAGCAUUCAGGCGGGCUCGAUGGACUUGCUGGUGCGCGACUUCGCGCCGCUGGUGCUGGCUCGGGGUGACGUGGAGGCGCCCUGCUACGACAGACUUGAGCGGCUUUUUACAGUUGAGCUGAUGUGGACGUGCGUGCCAGAGGACUGCUACAGCGUUGAGUUUAGGGCGGUUGCCUUCCAGACGUUAUCUCGAUUGGGGUGCGCAGUUGAGUACGUCUGGCGUGCUGAGCGGCGAGGAUUCCCUUGGAUAUUGUUCCGCGUGUUGGAGCGGCCUGAGACGAAGGAGGCAGUGAGCAAGAUGUCAAAAUAUUUGAUGGACCAGAUUUCCUUACAAAUCAUUUCGGACCAUCCUGAUUUGCAGGGCGACGUGUGCGACGCCAAGAUUUUCAGUUUCAUGUUGAAGUGGGCUUGCGACAACGGGCCGCAAGAACGAGCUUUCGCCAGGAUCAGGAGAACCGUUGGGUCUAAAUCGAAUCACCUUCCGCAGGUCUCAUUCCAGGACAUGUCGAACGACUGGGUGUUCAACCAAGCCCGAACGAGGGUAUCUCGCCAGCAGUUCGUUGACGAAUUGAAGCCUUGCACCCCAGAUAAGCUUGAGACUGGCGACCAGGUUCGAUCGCGCUCCAAGGGGUCUGGCGGGCCGUGGAGAGCAUUUUGUAGACAGAAGUUGUUGGAGAGCAACGGCAAGGCCGACUUUGCAGCGUGGUCCGUGGAGUACUACAACUUGCCGCCCGACGAGAAGGCAAGGUUGAAGGCGAUCGGUGAAGCUGCGACUAGUGUUGCCAGGAGUGGAUCGUCAGACUUCUGCUCCUCCUUCGGUCCGACGCGAAGCGAUGCGAUGAAGUUGACGAAGCGUGCCAAGAUCUCGCAUCACGCCAUGCGAGAUAUCGAGCUCAAUCCAACUGACAUGGUCUUGCGCAAUAGGGGCGAGAACAUCCCGUCGUUGGACGAGGCGCUCAUUUCCUGCCGCGCAGUUGUCAGGGCGCGGCGGGAACAGGAUCAGAAGCAAUUGCACGAGGACAUCAAGGCAAUCCUUCACGCCCCGCGCACCGCCUGCCCAACCCAGAGGGGCGGCAAGGGCAAGUGCCAAGUUGACCAGAUGGAGCGUUGUUUGGGGGGAUUCUCUGGCAGCUUCGUGGCGGUCCCAGCGUCGGGGAAGUUGCGGGUGCUCGAGCCGAACUUUGACAUGUGUGACGAUGUCGGGCGGGCAUUGGCGUGGGCAUCGCCGAGGUACAAGUCCAGCGGCCUCUGCAGCGCAUUGGAGGCGUUCAACGAUUGGGCCCGUGACUUCAUCACCCACGCAGCGGGGCCGAAAGAACAACCUGGUCUGCGGCACGCUGAGUACCUCAAGUGUUGCGCUGCUGAGAUGUGCGUGUGCACAGGCGCGGGCAGGGACUUAUCGAAUCGGAUCGCACGCUUUUUGACAUUCUUGAGGCUCGUCACGCGCCCUGGGUCCACCGAGCGCUCGAUGGUGAAUGAUGGGAGGCUAGUGGUCAAGCUGACUGGGCGAGACCUCGGCGACGCAGACGAUGAUAUUCCUCAUGCGGAGGUAUGGUACCAUAUUGGCCUCAUGUAUUGGUCUCCAUAUCUGCCGACGUUCAUGGAAGUUGAGCCCGUGCGGUCAUUGAACGAGUUGCCGCCGAGACCCGAUCGUGUUUACAUCAAAUCUCUCCUUAAGUUCAAGUCUUGCUUCGCCGCGUUGAAGUGCUUGAUGGAGUGCCCUCGCUGGUCGGUGUCGGCCUACAUCGUGGAGUAUUCACGCAGGGCCAUCGUGAGCAUCGCGCCGCAUACGGUGCCCGUGGUGCCGCUGCGUGGGUUCCCAGCUUAUGAUAUGUGGCCGCGCCCAGGCGGCCGCGCCGCCGCCAGCGCUGCUGAGGCGCCCGAGGGGCCGUGCGAGACCGUCGGUGAGGACGUCGUGGACGACCGCGGCGACGACCAGGAGGGCGGCGGCGAGGGGGGGCACGUCGGCGGCGACAUCGACCACGCCGACAUCCAUGAGGGGGAGCUCGAGGACCUCAUCGACGCGGUCGAUGAGGCACGAGAGGGCGACGCCCCGUCCUUCGGCGGCAUGCGCGGCGCCCAGCCCGACGCCCCGCUCGACUUCGGCGCGGCCAUGCCCGCUGGCGCACGCGCAGGCAGCAUGCCGCGCGGCUCCCGAUCGAGAAGCCCACCCCGCGCGCACGGCCGCAGCGACGGGGCAUCGCAGCGCCAGCAGUUGGCGCAGCUCGCCAGGGAGAUGGACACGGACGGGGAGGGGGGGCAUUAG